AUGGAGGCGAAGAGAAAGAGAAAGAUGGAGGAACGAGAAAAAGGAAGACGAAGAAAAGGAGAAAGAUGGAGGAAACGAGAAAAAGGGAGACCAAAGAAGAGAAAGAGACAAGAUGGAGGGAAAAACGAGGAAGGGAGGAAACGAGAAAAAGGGAGACGAGAGAAGAGAAAGAAAUGGAGAACGAGAAAAAGGAGACGAGAGAAGGAGAAAGAUGGAGGAACGAGGAAAAACAAAGGGAGACGAAGAGGAAGGAGAAAAGAUGAGACGAGAAAAGGGAGACAAAGAGAAAGAGAAGAUGGAGGAAGAGAAAAAAAAGGGGAGGUCCGAAGAGAAGGAGAAAGAUGGAGGAACGAGGAAAAAAGGGAGACAAAGAGAAAGAGGAAAGAUGGAGGAACGAGAAAAACAAAGGGAGAAGAAGAAGAGAAGGAGAAAAGAUGGAGGAAAGAGAAAAAGGGAGGCGAAGAGAAGGAGGAGAAAGAGGGAGGAACGAUGAAAAAGGAAGACGAAGAAGAGAGAAAGAUGGAGGAACGAGAAAAAGGGAGACGAAGAGAAAGAGAAAAGGAUGGAGAAGGACGAGACAAGGGAGACGAAGAGAAAAGAGAAAGAUGGGGGGACUCCCCCCCGAGAAAAAAGGGAGACGAAAUGAAGGGAGAAAGAUUGGGAGGAACGAGGAAAAAGGGAAAGACGAGAAAAAGGGGGAGAGAAAGAAAUGGAAGGAACGAGAAAAACGAGAGAAAGAGAAAGAGGAAAAGAAAUGGAGGAACGAGAAAAAGGGAGACGAAGAGAAAAGAUGAGAAAGAUGGAACGGAAACGAUUGAAAAAUUAUUAAAAGGGAGACGCAAGAGAAAAGAGAAAGAUGGAAGUGUUUUUUGGGUUUCGGGGAACGAGAAAAUAAAGAAAACGAGAGGGAAGAGAGAAGAGAGGAAACAAACGAGAAAAAAGGGAGGCGAAGAGAAAGAGAAAGAUGGAGGAACGAGAAAAAGGGAGACAAAGAGAAAGAGAAAGAUGGAGGAACGAGAAAAAGGGAGACGAAGAGAAAGAGAAAGAUGGAGGAACGAGAAAAAGGGAGACGAAGAGAAAAAGAGGAAAGAUGGGGGGAACGAAGAAAAAGGGAAAAAGAGAGAGAAAGGAGGAAAGAUUGGGGAACGAGAAAAAGGGAGACGAAAGAAAGAGAAAGAUCAGAGACGAAGGAAACAAAGAUGGAGAGAAGAGAAAGAUUGGGAGAACACGAGAAAAAGGAGAAAGAUGGAAAGGAAUGGGGAACGAGAAAAAAGGGGAGACGAAGAGAAAGAGAAAGAUGGGAAGGAACGAGAAAAGGGAGACAAAGCGAAAGAGAAAGAUGAAAGAAAGGAUAACGAGGAAAAAGGGGACGAAGAAAGAAAGGGAAGAAAGAAUGGAAGGAACGAAGAAAAAGGGAAUGGCGAAAGGAAAGACAAAGAUUGGAGGAACGAGGAAAAAAGGGAGACGAAAGAGAAACGAGAAAGAUGGAGGAACGAGGAAAAAAUGGGAGACGAAGAGAAAGAGAAAGAUGGAGGAAUAGGAAAAAGGGAGACGAAGAAAAAGGAAAGAGAAAGGUGGAGGAACUAA